AUGACCGUGUACGCGGACAAGCCGCAGCAGCGAUACGGUGUUCGACAAGAUCUUUCCAAGGUUGUCCACUUCGAUGAGUUGCUGAGCCGUCAAGCGCCCCCCCCGCCUCCGGCGAGCUGGGAAAGGACAUCUGGCGACUUGGUUGGCGAUGUGCUGGCUGCCGACGCUUGCGAGGCGGCCGGUCGCGGGCGGCUCACAGCCCGAAAGCAGAUCAGCAAUGAGGCAACGAGCGAGAUAAAGGUGCUGGAGGGUGGUUGUGGCACUGAGGGGUCCAGCCCGUGGCUUGCAAGACUCCGCCGCUUGACGCGCUGUCGCUGA